CUUUCUCUAUACGCCCACGGGGUUGUGCUGAUAUGUUCCUACUUACUACAAGUCUCACCUCUAUAUAUAAGUCCCACAACACCACCACAACCUCGGUGUGGAAACUCUUGGCCUCAGCCCCUGGCGCUUCUGGAUUUGCGGAUUGCCAGCCCUCAGAAUGGAACCCUACAGAAAAAUGAUUCUCGUUUAGUCCGGCUGUUUGUCCCCGCGCGUGGACAGCCUACGAUAUUAAGCUGGGCUCCAAUGGUACCUGGAGAGCCGAGUUUUGCUCAAGACAUCGAUGGCAUCCCGAAUUCCGCAUGUGUGAAAGUAAUCGCGAACAAUAUGACAACCUCGGCCAGCACUUCUACCUACGCCCUCACAUUUGGCACCGUCGGCCGCACAGUCACCAGGAGAAUUACGAUUAGCUCAGGAAUAAGUACGCUGCUAAUCCACAACGCAUGGCACAUCUAUUGGGAUCCAACAGAUGUGGCUAGUCUUAGUCCCACGCCGCCACUCCCUUUAUGCUCAACAUCAACCAUACACACUUGGGCCCCUGAUAAGAGCCGAUAUGAUGGUGCAUAUUUGGGAAACAAGUGCGAAAAUCAGGGAUCAGAUUUGGGUAACCUCGCCGUCAUUAUCAUAGUAGUAAUCUUUGGGGCCCUGUUUAUUGGAGGUUUUUUUUUUUUCAUUAUUCGCAGCUAUAGCAAGAAGAAGAGAUUAGCAAUAAGGGCUGUGUCGGUGGCAAACCAUGCAGCUGCCCAGGCAAUGCAAGGCCCUGAAGGCCAAACA